CACUUAUUCAUUCCACGUAACAGCCUUGACAAGAAAUGCUGCUUUUCUGAGCAUAACGAAUUGUAGCCCAUAGAGUUAUCAGAAAUAGUAUUUGGAUAUUUUAAAAGAACAUGGGGCACAACUCUUUUUCAUUCAUUUUGUGUUUACUGCUCGUAUUAAAUGGUCUAUUUGAUGCUGUGACUGAUGUAGUGAAGUCAGUGUCAGUGAUGGAGGGAGAUUCUGUCACUCUAAAAACUGAUGUUACUGAACUACAGAGAGAGGAUCUGAUCAUGUGGAUGUUUAACGUUUACCAUUCAGACAUUUGCAUUGCUGAAAUCCACAACCUCAUCAUCUCUAUAUUUGAUAAAGAUGAGAAAUUCAGAAACAGACUCAAGAUGGACAGUCAAACUGGAUCUCUGACCAUCAGAAACAUCAGAUCUGAACACACUGGACUUUAUAAACUACAGGUCAGAGUCAGAGGAGGGGUCACUUACAGGAGUUUCACUGUUAGUGUUCAUGCUCAUCUACCGAUUCCUAUCAUCAAUAGUGAUUCUUCUAAAUGUCUUUCAUCAUCAAGUCAGAAUUGUUCACUGGUGUGUUCAUCAGUGUUGAAUGUGAGUGAUGUGACUCUCUCUUGGUAUAAAGGAAUGAGUGUAUUGUCCAGCAUCAGUGCGUCUAAUAUCAGCAUCAGUCUCUCUCUACCUCUGGAUGUGGAAUAUCAGGAUAAAAACACUUACAGCUGUGUGAUCAACAAUCCUGUCAGAAACCAGACCACACAUCUGGACAUCAGUCGACUCUGUCACACAUGUGAAGAAGCGCAUCAUUCAUUUAUCAUCAUAAUAUCAGUUUUUGUUGCUGUGAUUCUGGCUGGGGCUGUUGGUCUGAAAUGCUGCAACAAGGUCAUACAAGCUGGACACGAACACAAAGUUCAGACUGAUGAGGACGAGAUUCAUUAUGCAGAAACAACAUUUUGUGCACGAAGUGCUCACAUGAUGCCUGAUGGAGAAGAUCACACUGUGUCUUCAAGACUUGUUAUGAGUUGAUGUGUCCCAUACAGCUCAAAAAAUAAGAAUGUACAAUGCUGUACAAUGUAAGCAUGAUUGGUUUUGAAAAUAAAUCUUUUUUUAAUUUA